AUGCCCGGCAUUGAUGCCGACUCCUCCCACACCUCCUCCUCGUCGCACUCGUCGCAUGGCUCCAGCUCCAGCUCCAUCAUGGCCAUGGUCUUCCAGACUCAGAGACAAACCCCUCUCUACUCAGACUCUUGGACACCCGAAAGCGCCGGAGCCUACGCCGGUACCUGCAUCUUCCUCGCCAUACUCGCCAUCAUCGCCCGUUGCCUCGUAGCCUUCAAGGCCGUGCAGGAAGCUCGCUGGCUGGACCGCGAGGCUGCCCGUCGAUACGUCGCCGUCAACGGAAAGCUUCCGUUGGCAGAGCAGAUCGCCUCGGGCCCGGAUGCGCGCCGCAUGACACUGACUGAGAAUGGUGUCGAGGAGACGGUGGUGGUUGUGGAGAGGAAGCGAGCUGCUGCGAGACCGUGGCGGUUCAGCGUCGACCCUGUCCGAGCGUGUCUCGACACCGUCAUUGUCGGAAUUGGAUAUCUUCUCAUGUUGGCCGUCAUGACCAUGAAUGUCGGCUACUUCCUCUCGGUCCUGGCCGGCGUCUUUGUCGGCAGCCUCGCAGUCGGUCGAUAUACACAAUCAGUUGAGCACUAG